AUCACGAUGCCUAAGCAUUCCAAUAAGCUGUACGUUAAGGGAGUUUUCUUGGGAUACAGAAGAUCUAAGGUGCUCCAGAACACUCACCAGGCUCUGGUUAAGAUCAAUGGAGUGAACACCACUGCGGACUCUAAGUUCUACUUUGGAAAGCGUGUUGCUUACGUCUACUCGGCGAACUCUGCCAAUGGCAAACACAUGAGAACGAUCUGGGGAAAGGUCGCGACCUGCCACGGAACGAACGGAGUGGUCCGCUGCAUCUUCAACCACAAUCUUCCUCCCACUGCCAUUGGAAAGAGCGUCCAUGUUAUGCUCUAUCCUAGCCGUGUGUAAUUUGAGGUCAUUGGAUAUUGAUCAAGAUAA